AUGUUGAACGUACGCCUCAACGAUGGAAUUCUUUUUAUCGGAAUCAAUCGCCCUGACAAACGGAACUGUGUGAAUCGGAAAACUGCGCAACUGCUGGUUGACGCAAUCAAACGUCUAAAUGAUGAUCCACUGGUAAAAAUCGGAAUUCUCUAUGGCGAAGGGGAACACUUUUGUGCUGGUUAUGACUUAUCGGAAGUGAGCGAUUUCGAGAAAACACGACUGGAGGCGUCCACCUCUAAGAAUUUCCGUUACAUGGGUCCUUCGAUUAUGAACUUGGAAAAACCCCUGAUUGCCGCUAUCGAGGGUUAUGCUGUGGCCGGUGGACUAGAGUUGGCUCUCAUGGCUGAUAUCAGGGUAUGUGGACGCACAGCAACCUUUGGUGUCUUCUGCAGACGAGUGGGUGUCCCACUCAUUGAUGGAGGGACCGUCCGUCUUCCUCGGGUCAUUGGGUUGGGCAGAGCACUCCAUAUGAUAUUAACAGGAGAGGCUGUUUCGUCUGAACAGGCUCUGCAGUGGGGACUUGUCACGAAAAUCGUAGAUGAUGGCGAAGGUAUGCUUCCCAUAAUUCAUUCUUUUUCAGUCCACGCCCAUGUUCCUGGUUUAUAUUAA